AUGAAAUCCGCUUCCUACUGGUUCAUCGCUAUGAUGAUAUUCAUCCAGUGGUCAUGUAUUGCCGGAGCCAUGUUUUCUGUCUUCACAUAUGGUGCUUUUCCAGAUGAUAAUAUUGAUGACACAUCUGCGGUUCAGUCAGCUAUUAAUAAUGCUAUUGCUAACGGAACGAACAAUAUUGUUGUGUUUCAAUCUGGUACCUAUAAUUUCACGUCACCUAUUUCAAUAUACAACGCCGUCAAUUUGACUGUCAUGGGCCAAGGAAUGCAACAAACACUCUUAGUUGGAAAUUUACCGGUAGCAAUGCUCAAACCUUUAAAUUGUCGAGGAGUGACAAUCUCUUCACUGGCCAUUGAUUUCGAUCCACUUCCUUUCACUGCUGGUUAUGUGAUGAAUGUCAACACGAGUUAUCUCGAUCUUCAAGUAAUACCGCCACACAAAGCUGAUAUUGGUCGACAAGUUCGUGCCAUUCUUCGAUAUAACCCAGUCAUGAUGAGACCUGCCUCGGGUCCGAACACAUACGAAAUCUAUCAGACACCACCCUCCAAUGUUUAUACUAGUUUAAUCUCGAAUGGCAUAUUACGUAUUCCUUUGACUUCUUCUACAAAAUUUGUCGUAGGAGAUCCUAUUGUAGCUCGCUAUUAUUCCAUCAAAAAUGCUAUUGAUGCACAGGAUGUAACAGAUCUUAAUAUUCAAUCGGUAACAAUCUACACCGCUUGGGCUGUGGGUAUAAUGACACUAAGAAUUAAGCGUAUAAAUAUAAUUGAUUAUCAUGUUAUACCGCGUACUGGACGUUGGAUGAGUACGCCCGUAGAUUGUAUGCAUAUUGGUGACAGUCGUGAUUACAUAAAUAUAGUCGAUAGUAAAUGUGAAGCACAAGGUGAUGAUGGAUUGAACGUACAUGCAUUUUAUUUUACUGUAACAGAAAUAAUUAACUCAACCACAUUAGUUUUUGAAGAGUUUAAUUUUCCUGAUGUACUUAAUGUUGGAGUUGGUACACGUCUGGAAUUCAGUCGAAGUCAACAACAGUUCACAGUCUAUACAACAGCGAUCGUAGCUUCGUCGUAUUUAAAUGGCCCACACACACGAGUAUUUGUAUUUACCAGCCCUGUCAAUGUGGCUGUUAGGGAUUGUGCUUCAGUAGCUGAUACACCAGCAUUGACUAUCAGAAAUUUUACUGUUGCAAACAAUCGAGCACGUGGUAUCCUUGUAAAAACACGAAAUGUUCACAUAACACAUUCCUUAUUCAAUGGAACAAGUGGACCAGCAGUGCUGUUUGAGCCAUCUUUGUAUUGGCACGAGAGUGUUUCGGCGCACAAUGUGACUCUCAGCCAGAAUGUCUAUAUCGACUGUAAUGAAGGCAUUGCAAAAGAAAAAGGAGUAAUUUCAUUUUCACCGAAUCCACGUCAAUCAAUGCCAGUAUUCAUUGACGUUGUUAUUGAAUCAUCAACGUUUCAACUUGGAUCGUACAGUGAAGGUUUAAUGCAGGGCAACAACGGAGGUAAUGUAUCGAUCCGAGGGAAUUACAUAGUGGCAAACAGUUCAAUAUCGCUGAUUUCAAUCUGUAAUAGUCGAAAUAUAUCUGCUUAUAAUAAUACCAUUGUUAAUAAUCAGUUCAUGGUGAAUCCUUAUUAUUAUGAUACAACAAAUCCGUGUCAAGCAAAUUUAAGCAGCCUUAUUGAUUUGCUUCCAGCCAGUUUUAGUUCAUCUUUUCCUCCACCUGUAAUGACAACAAUCUCGGGUGUUCAAACAUCUGAUCAUGAAAAUGAUUUAGAUUCAUUCAAUUUUAUGAAUCUUUUCAAUAAUUUCUCACUAUCAAAUAUGAUCGGUUGA